AUGGGCUCUUCAGCGCCCUACAGCGAUCAGACUGCACCUCUCGAAGCCGAAAGUGCAUUCGCAUGGCGUCGGCAGCAGUCAGACCCCUCCACACUCUCUCCUGCACUGGCUCCACCAAUACCAGAACCACCUCUUCCUCCGACACCCCGUGAGCCCCAGACUCUCCUCAUCCUUGCAGGCCUCCCCGGCGUCGGAAAGAGCACAUUCGCUCACGCACUUGUGGCGGCCUCCAAAGCGCCAGGGUGGACUGGUCGCAGGUGGAUCCGGACGAGUCAGGAUGACUCGCGCUCUGGUCGGCGCCAGGAGGUGGAAGCCGAUGUGCGUGCAGCGCUGGCCAGCGGAGCAAACGUCAUUGUGGAUCGAGUAGAUUUCAAUCCUGAGCAACGAGCACACUUCGUGCAGCUCGCUAUGGAACGCAACCCCCGACCCCGCGUUCGCUGUCUCGUCCUCACAGCGUCUGACAAAACUCUUCGUGAGCGCCUGGAGGGACGUACAGACCACCCAACGCUGCGUGACCCAGCGCAGGCUAUCGGCGUUCUGGGGCGGAUGCGCCGGGAAUGGGAGGCGCCACGCGCCGGCGAAGGUUUCGACCGUAUCCUGACCCUGCGCCAACAUGAUACACCGUCGGUGUGGAGCGGAGACGAGAUCGUCAACGUCCUCCAGCGCCUCGACAAAUCAAUGCCUUCUCGUGCCUACAGCGCGUAUUCUGGUGGUCACGGCUUCGGACAUCCACACCGGGGACGCGGCGCGCCAAUCCGUGGUUCAUAUGGUGUUCGCGGUCGCGCACUUGCACCUCGCGGCGGCAUGCGAGGUGCACCCCUUGGUCCGCCGACAUACGGCGCACGGCCUUGGGUGCCCCAGCCUGCGCGCAACGCGGCCCCGGCGCCGUGGUGA